GGAGUUGCUCGAUGUACAAGAGGAGAGGAGAGGAUGCAAAAGGAUCGGAGGUACCAGGAAGGAAUAUCCCAUCCGGCGAGCUAGUCAGCACCCGCCGUCUUGUUCAGUUCAGCAGGUCCCCAUCUCUUGUCUCAGCUAGGCUUCCGAACCAACAAGGCAAAGGCAACAACCUAGUCGGCUCAGCUGGCUCUCCUCCCGCUCCGCUGCCAUCCCGGCCCUGUCUCUUACCUUUACUAGCGGCUGCUUAUUAGCUAAGCUCUCAAUAAUAGGAUCGACGAUCCAUCAGAGAUAUAGAUAUGGAGGGGGAGGGGGAGGGGGAGGUCGGAGCAGCCAUCCUUGGCCCUGCCGCUGCAUUACAUUUACACGACGGCGGCGGCGGCGGCGACGACGAGCCGCAGCCGGUGUACUGCGCCGUGGGGAUUGCCAAGGAAGAAUGGAAGGCCAACCUGCAGUGGGUGCUCGCCAACGUCCCCCGGAGCAAGCGCCUCGUCCUCGCGCACCUGCGCCGCCCGCCCUCCCGGAUCAACAUGAUGGGGGCGUGGGUCCCAGUGAGCCAGCUUGCAGAUGAGGAGGUGACUGCGUUCAGGCAGCUGGAGGAGGACAAGAUCGGCCAAGUCUUAGACGACCUCCUGGACAUCUGCAAAAGUCAAAAGGUCAAUGCGAGCAAGAUCAUCGUCGCGAGCGACGAUACUGCCAGGGGCCUUGUACAGCUGGUUGAUGAUCAUGGGGUCACCGAGCUCAUCAUGGGCGCAGCAUCUGAUCGGGCCUACACCAGGAAGAUGCGGGCACCAAGGUCUAAGAAAGCACUGAUGGUGCAGAGGAAGGCGAAUCCGUCUUGCAAGAUCUGGUUUGUCUGCAAGGGAAACCUUAUUUGCACCAGGGAGGCCAGCGAGGGGGCACACCGAGCAGAAUCAUCGACAACUAGCACAAGUCCCAGGUCAAGCACUUCUGACUACUCAAGAUCGAAAUCCUCACCGCGCCUGCACAACGAGACAUUCAGCACGCAAGAAUCAAACGACCCGGCAACAUCAUCAGUUGAUGAGACUCCUGCAACUACAAGGUGGGGCGACCACACCAUGGAGGGUUUAGAUAAUCAUCAUGCAACUGCCCCGACGACGGCUUCAGUGUCUGAAAUCGUCGAGUCCGGAGAGGAAGCAGCUGCUGAGCAGCUGGUGCAUGGGGUCCAAGAGGAUCAGUUGUUGAUUCCGUUUGGCCAGGAUGCUGGUGAGAUGGAUGACGCCUUGUAUGAGAAACUCAAGGAUGCGCUCGUGGAGGCCGAGAACCUGAGGCAGGAGGCGUACGAAGAGACUCGCCGGCGUCAGAUGGCCGAGCGCGAGCUCGCCGAGGCGUCCAAGAUGGCCGAUGACGCAGAGAGGUCGUACCGGAGAGAGGCGGGGCAGCGGAAGGAGAUGGAGGACACGCUGGGCAGAGAGCGCGCGGCGAUGGAGCACGACAGGCGAGAGCUCCACGACAUACUGGACAAGAUACGCAAGGUGGACGAGCGGAGCGCCGAGCUGGAGCUCCAGAUCACAAACUCGGAGCGCAUGAUGACCGACCUCGAGGCCAGGCUCUCGGAGUCGUGCAGCCUCCUCGGCACGCUCCGGCCCCGGCAAGCGGCGACGACGGCGAGGGAGGAGGAAAUCGACGGUGAGCGCCAGCAGCUGGUAGUGGGAGCGGCAAGCUCCUCCUUGCGGCGGCUCGGUUACGCGGAGCUGGACGAGGCCACCAAUCAUUUCGAUGAGUCUGCAAGGGUCGACGGCGGCGGCGGCGGCGGCCGGGGCAAAGUGUACAGAGCGGAGCUGCGCGGCAUGGCGGUGGCCGUGAAGGUAUUGGGCCGCGACGUGGCCGUGGACGAGGACCGGUUCGCCCGUGAGGUGGAAAGGAUCAGCGGCGUGAGGCACCCGAACCUGGCGGCGCUCGUGGGCGCGUGCCCGGAGGCGCGCGCCGUCGCGUACGAGCUCGUCCCGGGCGGGAGCCUGGAGGACCACCUCGACCUCGCCGCCGGCGGCGACUGCAGCCUGCCGUGGCGCGCGCGCUGCGGCAUCGCGUACGGGGCGUGCUCCGCGUUGUCCUUCCUCCACUCCACCUCCUCCGCGCCGCCGCGGGCGGACGUGAGGCCGGCGAGCAUCCUCGUGGUUGGGUCCUCCUCGUGCAAGCUGGCCGGGCUCGGCACGCGCGGGCUCGUCGUCGACCACCCCGGGGGCGCGUCGUCGCGGCCGGCGCUGGCGUACGCGGACCCAAGCUACCUGGCGGCGGCGGCGGGGGAGGUCCAGCAGCAGUGCGACGCCGACGUGUACUCGCUGGGCGUGGUGCUCCUCCGGCUGGCGACCGGGAUGCCGGCGUUCCUGGCAAGGAAAGCUGCGCGGGAGGCCGCGGGCGGCGGCAGGGCGUGGCGCGAGGUGGUGGACGCGUGCUGGCCGGCGGAGCGCGGGCGGGAGGUGGCGCUGCUGGGGCUGAGAUGCUGCGCGAGGUCGAGGCGCGAGCUGCUGGAGGAGGCCCGGGGCGUGCUGGAGGCCGCGUUGAUGAGCAGCGCGCCGCCGAGCAGCGUGGCCGAGCCCGACGACGGCGCGCCGUCCUACUUGGUGUGCCCGAUACUCAAGGAGGUGAUGCGGGACCCGCAGAUCGCCGGCGACGGGUUCACGUACGAGGCGGAGGCCAUCGAGGAGUGGCUGCGCAGCGGGCGCGACACGUCGCCCAUGACCAACCUCAAGCUCCCGACCACCAAGCUCAUCCCCAACCACGCGCUGCGCGCCGCCAUCCACCAGUGGCAUAAGGCUUUGACGCCACGUACAGAGACACGAUAUGAAUAAGGACGUUUUUUUUCUCUUACGCGACGCGAUGAUGAGAUACUAGCUCGAUGAUCACUAGACGUUGUCUCUUUCUUUUUUCCUCUUUGCAAAAAGGAAAUGUUUGUGGUUGUGUGAGUGUGUUAGAUUUUUGCGAUGCACACUCAGUCGCUGAAAAAUAGCCGUAUGCAAAGUUGAAGUUAUUUUUGUUGUAAAUUAAAUUUGUUCAAUUUUGACCACGUUUAUAGAAAAAACAUGACAACAUCUAUAUUAUAAAAUACAUGAAUAUAUUCGACGGUUGAUUUAAGGAAA